AUGCCGGGAAUCCUGCCCAUGAAAGUUAUCAAGGUGGGCAACAGCUCCCAAAGCCGCAUUGCCCAGGCCUGCGACCGUUGCCGGAGCAAGAAGAUCCGCUGCGAUGGCAUCCGCCCCUGCUGCUCGCAGUGCGCCAAUGUCGGCUUUGAGUGCCGCACCAGUGACAAGCUCAGUCGCCGUGCCUUCCCCAGGGGCUACACCGAGUCACUGGAGGAACGGGUUCGGGCGCUCGAGGCUGAAGUGCGGGAGCUGAAGGACUUGUUGGACGAGAAGGACGAGAAGAUCGACAUGCUCUCCAGGAUGCAUGGCAAUCGACGCUCCCAAAAUGAGCAAUGCCAGACGCCGCCCGCGACCGAAGUGAAAAAGGACGCUGGGACUCCGGCCAAGGAGGACACGUUCCGCAUCCAGGCUUCGCCGCUACUGCUCGGUGUCGAAAACUCCGACUCUUACUUCAUGGGCGCGUCCAGCGGCCGCGCGUUCAUUGAAUCGUUCAAACGCAAGAUGCAGGAAAGUGGCAAGUCCUGCUCCAAUUUUAACCCAGAGGCCUUCCUGCACAUCCAGGGAUGCUAUCCUCUCACAGCGAAGCCGCCCUCUCAGACGCCGAGGAUACCGCCGCGGCUGUUCUCCGACAGAUGCGUCAAUGUCUACUUCCAGGAGUGGGCUCCUCUGUUCCCUAUUCUCCACAAGCCUACCUUCCUCCGCGUCUAUGAGGAAUUCGUCGCGGACCCGGAGAAGAUCAAGAAUAACCACAAGCUGGCACAGCUUUAUCUCGUCUUCAGCAUUGCCUCGCUGUCGGGUGACCAGCCCGAUCUCCAUCAGAUCGCUGCCUGCGAACAGCAGUGGCAAAGGGCAUUGGAAGCAAUCCUGAUGGACAACACCAUGGUGACUCUGCAGUGUUUGCUGCUGGCGCUGGUUUACUGCACCAUCAGGGCCGAUUACAAGAGGUUGCAACAUUACAAGGGCAUCGCUGUUGGGCUAUCGCACCGCCUUGGGCUUCACCAGAGCCAGAAGAGGUUUUCUUUCGGCGUGCUCACCAUCGAGACCCGGAAGAAAGUCUUUUGGACACUCUACACGCUUGAUUGUUUCUCUGCUGCCAUCCUCGGCCUGCCAAAACUUCUGAAAGAGGAGGAUGUACACGCCGAGUUCCCUUCGGAUACCGACGAUGAGUAUGUCACCGAAAAAGGUUUCCAACCGAGCCUCCCGGGGGAGGCCACUAGGCUUUCCAACGCGCUCGCCCUGUUUCGUGGGUCCCGAAUCCUGGCCAAGGUACUGGAGAAGAUUUAUCCUUCGGCAACCUCGCACGAACUUUCGCUCCAACAAAUGUCUGCUCUCGCCGUCGAGCUUGAUGAUUGGUACGAGAAGCUUCCACAGCAUCUCAAACUCACCUUCAAGCAAGACAAGCCGUCGACCGAUAUUACCGGCAGCAGGUCACCGAUCCUUGCUCUUGCGUACUAUUACACUCGAACUCUCAUCUACCGCCCAGCUGUAACCUCCAGCCUGGGUCCGAGGGCCGCUCCUGCACUGAUUGCGGUCGGCGAAUCAAGUAAGCACAUGAUCCAGAUUAUCCAGCUUCUCGAGGAAAGGAACAUGUCCUUUUCCUUCUGUUUGAACAAAGCAGACAUACUUGUUCUUUGCGGUAUGGUCUUGCUGUACCAAACAAUGGGCCUCAAGCAGGAUAGCAAGCUGCUGAGGGACAACGAAAAGCUGGUCAACGCAGUGAUCAAGGCAGCGGAUCAAGCCAAAGCUCCCGGUUGUUACGACUUGAAGCGUGUUGCAGGGAUGUUGGUCACCGUCGAUGAACCGCCACCGCAAUCCUUGCCGACGCCCCCAAGGCAGAGCCCUGAUACCUGCAUCACCGCUCCCUCGGCGCAACGAGCGUCACCCCCGACGGCCCAUAAGAUGCACCCCUCUGUUGGCCGCCACCUCGCCGCCAGCAUUAGCGAAACGGAUUUGCUCCUGCAACAGGAGAAGCUGCGCAGGAUGACUAUGUCACAGCAACAACACAGCCGAGUUGAGCGAUUACCGCCACGCUCGAGGGGAUCCUUCGACAGCCCAAGGCCCGCCAUCCCCCUCGCCCAACGCGAUCACAGGUUAUCCCUGAGCCAAGCCCAGGCCGCCCAAACCGCCAUGCUUGCCCGCUUGUCAGCAUCCUCCAACAUGAAACAAACCAUGGAGUACCUGCACCUCGACUCCCACUCGCAACCAACCUCCUCGGUGCAGGCGCGUGGUCCUUCUCGCCCAUCCAUCACGCAAGCUCAACAGGCGCACGUUUACGCCCAAGUCCGAAAGGAAUCUGGGAUCUCAACCGCCGAAUGGGAGGCAUUGCUGGGCUCGAUCGAAGGGGGGCAACUCAACGUCUACGACGCGAUAUACGGCGGGCCGGGACUGGCGCUGGCGGACAACAGCACCACUCCCUUGUCGGCGACGGCCACGACGGCCCCGGCGUGGUCGCCCGACUCGUGGGACCUGACGGGUUUCAACCUGGGCGAUUUUGGGUCAGGGACUACUGGGUCGUCGCAUAGUGUGGUCAGCCUCAGUGAGGACGGGUUGAGCCCGAGUGACGAUUUGGUUAGUGUGGGGAGCUUGGACUUUAGGAAUGGGCUGAUUUCUUCGGGACUCCCGACGACAGCUGACGGGUAUGUGCUGGAUGGGUUGGAUGCGGGUUUUGCCCUCUGA